AGUUCAAACGCGGCACUACGUGAGUCAAACGAGCGUAUGACUACGUCAUCGCUACGUGAGUCGAACAGCAUUCUAAACUCUCAACAUGGCAGCCAAUAUAUUUAACCUAAAUAUAGCAAAUAUAGUCGAUAGCUUUUUCAUCGAAUACCGAUGAGAUUCCGUAACUUUUAUACGCGGAAAUGCAAUAAUGAUUUUAUAUAAGCGAAUUUUUCUCGGAUAGAAAAAUCUGAGGUUGAUGUCAGCUGACUUUUGCGAUGAUCUCGUGUAAAAUGACAGCGUAAAUAUUUAGCCUGAACAUGUUGUCGGAGGUUGAUGUGUUUAUUAGCAAUUAUACUCUUGUCGAUCCUGAAAUCUAUCAGCUUUGGGUCGACGGGCAUUCUUCCAGCGAUGCAGUCAAUGUUCUGCAUCAGCGAGGAAUAUGUCAACAGACUAAUGCACCGCUCGAGCUGGUUGCAUCUGACAUACUCGAUCACUAUCGCACCUAUGCUCUACUUGAGAAAUUACUUCAUACUCCUACAAAGCUUGCUAGCGAACAGCUAGCCUUUCAGAUAGAACCUCAAACUAGUCAAAUGCUUAUAGAAAUGUAUUAUGAAUUUGAUGAUGUUGUUAUGCGCGAAUUAUUGGGAAAGAAAAUAACAUCCAAAAGUAGAAAGGAUAUGGAGGAAGUGGCAGAGAAGACAGGGAUCACAUUGAAGAGUUGUCGACGACAAUAUGAUAAUGUGAAAAGAGUGUUUAAAAUUGUCGAAGACUUACCAGGUUCUCUCAUAACCAAUAUCAAACAGCAUUUCUUACUUUCGGAUGACCUUGCUAAACGAUAUGCUGCAGUGGUAUUUAUAGCGUGUCUGCGAUUUGAAAUGAAUAAAAGAAAACUGCAAUUUUUAACAUUUCCCGAUUUAUAUCACUGCGCUAAUAGUAUGAUGACAUCGUGGACAUAUCGUUGUAUUGGAUCUGAAUACUUCGACACUGAUUUAGAUAGGGAAUUUCUACAAGAAUUACCAGAAUGCAGAGUUCUUUUAGAAAACGAUAAGCAUCAUAAACAUCUCGUAUGCCUUAAGCUCAAACCGAUGCUUCUUGAUCGAUCUUAUCAAGAAUUGGACAUGAACUUUCGUUCAUAUUCGAGAGCAAUACUCGGAAUUGGAUGCAACUUGCACAGAUCACGAGAGUUGAGAUUUUUCUUCUUGGAACUAGUUGAGAGAUGCAUCGAACCUUGGCGACAAGUUAAUUGGACGCAUUCCGAUCUACGAAAUUUCUUGGCUGUUUAUACACAGUGCGCUCUCGAUAUGGAUGUACUUAGAGAAGGAGAAUUAAGAGAUGCGUUUGAACGUUAUAUGACAGUAGUGACAUGCUGCUUAUUACGUAUGUAUCAUACAUGAAUACCAAUGUAAAAACUAUAUAUAUAUUUAAAAGGUAUGAAUUAUAAAGACAGAAAUUCUAAAUUGUACAUUUUAAUUUAUUAAUUUUUUGUAAUAAAUAAUUAACAAAUGCAGCAUCCUAUAUGCUGCCUGUUAUUUUGCAGUUAGAUAUAUGUGAACAAUAACGCAUACAAUUGCAGUAAUUGCACUAUCAACAUUUUCUUAUAAGUUAUUGAGAUUUUCAAGUGUGUGAUGUGAAACUCUACAAAGUGAAAGAGGCAGCUUAUAUAUAUACAUAUUAAUAUAUAUACGGCAGUAGAUUAAUAUUGCGCACAUAUCCAUUAAAUAAAAGAUAAUUUUAAUUUAUUUAAACAUAUGACUUUCAAUUAAAUAAAAUAAAGACUUUUCAAC